AUGGAAGUCUAUAUCCAAAUGGUAGGAUGGCAUAGUUUGGCGGUACCGCCAAGCUUGCGUUUAUUCGUGAAUGGAGAAUGCACCCUGUUUAAUUGUGGGGAAAACAUUCAAAGAUUUUUGAACGAAUAUAAAUUACAUGUUGCCAAAAUUAGAAACAUAUGUUUUACUAAAAUAAAUCCAGAAACUAUCGGAGGGUUAAUUGGACUCCUAUUAACAAUAGACAAUAUAGCAGAUAUUGACAUAACUAUUUAUGGCCCUAAGCCGAUUGAACAGAUAAUUAAUACUAUUACUUGCUCCUUUGCGAAAAUGAAAAAUAUAAAAUUAAAAAUACAUGAAUUUUGUGAAAACAAUUUUCAAAUAGUUUUAAAGGGAAAUAUUACUAUAACCCCAAUAAUGAUACGUGAAAAAAAAAAACAAGACAAUGAUAUAUGUAAUAAGAGUGGGGGGGAAAUGGAUUAUAAGAAAAGUCAAAUAAUUCCUGAAUCGGAUAAGACACAUUGUGAGGGAACAAACAAUUUACAUAGAGGGGCUGGAAUAAAGCAUGAGUCAUCUGGAGAAACUGAUUUGGAUAAUUUUAAGAAAAGGAGACUGUGGGUCGAUUGCCAAGAUAUGCAUAAGGAGAAUGACCAGGGUGAGAAAACAGACCUGAAAAAUGCCCAAGAUGAAGAAACUGCCCCAGAAAAUGCACAGGGUGAUAAAAUUGACCCAGAGAACGCACAGGGUGAUAAAAUUGACCAAAAAAAUAGCAAGAGUAAUAAAAUACUCGACAAAGAGAAGGAUCCAAAUAGGGGAACGUACAAAGAAAAUGGUAACAAAACAAAAUCAGGGGAUGAUAAAGUUAAUAAAGAAUUAAGAGGAAUAUGCUAUUUAAUCGAAUGCCCCGAGACGAUUGGAAAGUUUCAUGUGGAAAAGGCAAAGAAACUAAAUAUUCCAUCAGGAAAAUAUUACGGGAUACUAAAAUCUGGAAAAUCUAUAACAAUAAACAACAAAGUAAUAAAACCAGAAGAUGUGUGUGAUAAAAAUAUAAAUGGAAGAAAGGCAUUAGUUAUUGAUUUAGAAGAUAUUGAUGAUACAAAAUAUUUAUUGGGAGAAAUUUCUAGUAGAGAAAGUUUUUAUUUAAAAAAUUUGGAAUAUAUUUUCCAUUUAUCGUGUGAAGAAAUUACCAAUAUGGAGAAUUAUAAAAAAUUUUUUUUAAAUUUGAAGAAUGUAAAAAAUGUUAAGUGCAAUCAAUCCAAUAGUUAUUUAAAUGUAUGCCCAUUUGUUUCCGCAGCUUCAUUAAACAACUUCCUUUCGAAGUUAUUACCUACCAUUUUUUUGAAGUACAAAUUGGAUACACCUGUUUAUGAUAUUUCAAAUUUAUCAUCAACUAAUGAUAAUAGGAAAAAAAUGAAAAAUGAAACAGAAGGCGCAAAUUUGCUUACAGUUGAUAAGGAGGAUGGUUCUAUAUAUCAAAACAGAGCUCCCCCCUCAGCAUAUGGAUUCACAAAUAAUGACAACUUCAGUGAUACACAAGAAACAGGUAAUGACAUAGAAUGUGAACAAAAUAGUUCUUAUCUUGUGUAUAACCCAUUGAGCAAAUUCGUUUUACACCCCUUUCAUAAAAUUAAUAUAUGCACAGAUGAAGCUUUGCGCGAUUUAUAUCCAAAUAUAUUUAAUUCUGCAAAGACAUCGAAUAUAUUAAAAGAGAAUGAAAACUUAUUGGAAAAUUUUAAAAAUUUUAAUAAUAAAAUAACGCAAAAUUAUUCAGAAUAUCCUUCUUUUUACUUUCUCGGUACUGGUUGUUCAAUGCCUUCAACAUUUCGCAACGUUUCUGGUAUCAUUUUGAAUAUUGAAAAAAAUUUCAGUGUCGUUUUAGAUUUUGGAGAGGGUUCACUCUACCAGCUAUACUGGAUGAGCCAAUCAUGGAUCAAUUUUUCAGAGGCUAUUAAAUCGAUAAAAAUAGUAUUCAUAUCACAUGCACAUGCAGAUCACCACAUGGGUCUUUAUUACUUGUUGCAUAUGCGAAAAAUACUUUUUCCACAUUUAGAUGAACCACUAAUAUUGAUUCCGUUAACGCUAAAAAAGUGGAUAUGUUUAUAUAGGGAACUAUUUUUUGACAAGCCAAUAAAAAUAUUGUAUAACGAAGAAAAUUUAGAAGUAAAACAGAAAAUUAAUGAUUCCAAUAAUUUUGUGUUUCUUCGACCAUUUAAGGUUAACCAUAUUAAGGAAUCCUAUGGCAUAAAAAUUGAAAGCAAAACUAUCGGGUCCAUUGUUUAUUCAGCUGAUACAAGACCAUGCGAUAAUGUUAAAAUGUUUUCCAAAAAUUGUGAUAUUUUAAUACAUGAAGCAACAUUUGACGAUGAAUUACUAGAGGAAGCCAUUUAUAAAAAACAUUCUACAACGAAUGAGGCUAUGCAAAUUGGUUUAGAAGUUCAAUGCAAAACAUUAAUACUAACUCAUUUUAGCCAGAGAUAUCCAAAGGCACCAAAAUUAAACAAGCCAUCAUCUACCGAAAUUAAAGAAAUCAUGAAUAAAACAAUUUAUAGCUUCGAUUAUAUGUGUAUUCCUUUAAAUUUAAUAAAUGAACUGCCUCAUUAUUUCAACAUUUUAUUAAAUUUAUUAGAAAAAAUAUUUUAA